GGGUUAUGUCACAGUAAGGAAAUGACACUAAUACAAAUCUUUCUUGAGUCAGUAGUAGCUGUGAGCUUGUUGUAUUGGUGAUCUUCUGUGUGAACUGUCGCCGGUUAGUUUUAUGGUUUUCUCCAGCAGAGUACACCUCGCAGGACGCUGCUUUGAAAAAUGAAGUCUUUAAAUCUGCGCUUUAUAUUUUUGUUGAGUCUUACUCUAGUCAGCUCAAGCGUUGGAUUCUACCUUCCGGGUUUAGCGCCAGUCAAUUUUUGCGAGAAAAAAACGGAGGGAGAUGAAUGUCAGACUGAGAUACAGCUGUUGGUCAAUAGACUGGACUCUGUGGAAUCAGUCCUGCCUUAUGAAUAUGAUGCGUUUGAUUUUUGCAAAGACUUGAAUGAAAGAAGGCCAUCAGAGAACCUUGGGCAGGUGUUGUUUGGAGAAAGAAUAGAGACAUCACCUUACAAGUUUACAUUUAAGGUUGACAAGCCAUGUGAGAAGGUCUGCACCAUGUCGUAUGAUAAAGGUUCAAGAGAAGACAAGUUAAAGUUGGACUUUCUAAAGAGAGGGAUGGAGUUGAAUUACCAGCACCACUGGAUUGUUGACAACAUGCCUGUAACAUGGUGUUAUCUUGUGGAAGACGAUCAGAAAGUCUGCAACCCAGGAUUUCCCAUUGGAUGUCUAGUAAACCAAGAUGGAAACCCAAAGGAUGCCUGUGUGAUCAAUGCAAAUUUCAACAAGAAGAACACUUUUUAUCUUUUCAACCAUGUGGACAUCACCAUAAUUUACCACAGUGUAGAUGAAACGACUGGGAUUGGUGCUCGACUUGUGGCAGCUACAGUGGAACCUAAGAGCAUCAAGCAUAGUGAUAACGACAAUCCAAAGUGUGAAGGCGCUCCCAUGGACAUACCAGCAGAUUUCACCAGUGAUUUCAAAGUGACCUACACUUAUUCAGUUAAAUUUGAGCAUAAUAAAUAUAUUAAGUGGGCUUCUCGAUGGGAUUACAUUUUGGUUUCCAUGCCUCACAGCAACAUCCAGUGGUUUAGCAUCAUGAACUCUUUGGUUAUUGUGCUCUUCCUGUCUGGCAUGGUGGCCAUGAUCAUGCUUAGAACACUGCACAGGGACAUUGCCCAGUACAACCAGAUGGACAAGGCAGACUGGGUUAAGAUCCCUCCAACUGCAAACAUUACCUAUGAGGAAGCCCAGGAGGAGUCUGGCUGGAAGCAGGUUCAUGGUGAUGUGUUUAGGCCACCCAAGAUGGGCAUGCUUUUGUCUGUCUUCCUCGGACAGGGCAUUCAGAUCUUCAUCAUGACCUUCAUCACCCUUUUCUUGGCCUGUCUGGGCUUCCUGUCUCCAGCCAACAGAGGGGCUCUCAUGACCUGUGCGGUGGUGUUGUGGGUAUUGCUUGGCACAUCUGCUGGAUACGUGUCUUCCAGGCUCUAUAAGACUUUUGGUGGUGAAAACUGGAAAACCAAUGUCCUUCUCACAGCCUUUUUGUGUCCUGGGAUUGUGUUUGUGGAUUUCUUCCUGAUGAAUCUGAUCCUGUGGGUAGAGGGCUCCUCUGCUGCCGUUCCCUUUGGUACACUCGUGGCCAUCCUGGCACUGUGGUUUGGCAUCUCUGUUCCCUUAACUUUUGUGGGUGCAUACUUUGGCUUCAAAAAACCAGGCAUUGAGCCACCGGUGCGAACAAACCAGAUCCCACGCCAAAUUCCUCAGCAGACAUUCUUCACCAAACCUGUGCCGGGCAUCAUCAUGGGUGGCAUCCUGCCCUUCGGCUGCAUCUUCAUCCAGCUCUUCUUCAUCCUCAACAGCAUUUGGUCUCAUCAGAUGUAUUACAUGUUUGGCUUCCUUUUUCUGGUGUUCAUCAUCCUGGUCAUUACCUGCUCUGAGGCAACUGUUCUGCUCUGCUACUUCCAUUUAUGUGCAGAGGAUUAUCAUUGGUGGUGGCGAUCAUUCCUGACCAGCGGAUUCACAGCGGUGUAUCUGUUUGUCUACGCAUUGCAUUACUUCUACUCAAAACUACAAAUUGUAGGGGCUGCGAGCACCAUCCUCUACUUUGGCUACACCAUGAUCAUGGUGCUCAUUUUCUUCAUUUUCACAGGUACUAUAGGCUUCUUCGCCUGCUACUUUUUUGUAAAUAAAAUCUACAGUGUGCUGAAAGUGGACUAAGGGAGGGACUUUUGGAGAACACAUCAACAACUUUUUACAGAUCAGCUUUCAAGUGGAAGUCUAUAGAGACAUUAGAAUGAAGGGAGGAAUCAGACGAUACUCUUUCCUGAACCGCUGGUGUGUGGCUCAACUGUAAUUCACUGACCUGCAGUAGGUGUGUGUGUGUGUGUAAACUCCAAAGACCCCUUUUCAGUGCUUUAAUUGUCUUGUGUUGCCUAUGACUUCAUUCCAGCUAAACCCAUCGUGCGAAAAGAUGCUUAUAUCUUUAUACAUAAAGUUCUUCUUAUGCUUUUAUAUUGACCCAAAUGUAUGUUUUACUUGCUUUGUUUUAUUUCAUCAUCUUUUUUUUUAUAGAAUUUGUUUUGAAAGACUAGAUGGAACACAAAUUAGGCUUUGGUAACAUUUACCUUUGUAUGGCAAAAUUCUGUGGGCUAAAUGCAGUCAUGUUAAUAGAAAUCCAAGCAAUACAGAAUUUCACAUCAGAUUCAAGUUUUGCCCACAAAAUUUACCAUUUACUGUUGCUCACCAAAAUUUCGCAGGCGAAAUCCAGUCAUUCCAAUAGAAAUCUGUGUGACCAGGAGGUUUGCAUUCCCAAAAUAUUCCCAAUGCAGAUUUUGAUCUUGUUGAAGAUAGUAAUGCACAUUCACUGUGUUGACAAAAGAAAGCUGCUUUUUUUAAAAAGUGAAUUCUGUGUGUGACGCUUAAUGCAUCGCUACGUUAUUGACAAUGAAUCUUUUCGGCUACGAAAUUUCGCUAAUGUGACUGCACCACAGUAACUACACCACAGUUACCUCGAUGAUGUCACCUAUUGGUGGAUAUCAGUAAUAAUUGUUAAUAUGUUGUUAGUAGCAUAAAUCUGCUCUGUUCCAUGUAUUUUUAUUGGUAUAACUUGCAGAUGAAUUGUUUUUUAUGGAGUGAAGGAAGUGGAAUGGUUAAGAAGCACAUUUUUUUGCUAUAGGACACUUUUAUACAAGUAAUAAUAUCUAAAUAAUGGGAGCUAUUUAGUGAUUUUGUACUUUGUAAUUUAUUUAAAUGUCAUUACUUAAAAAAAAUUACAGGCUUACACAUUUUUUUUUUUCAAUAAUUUAAUUUAAAACCCACAGAAUGUACUGAGCUUCAAGUCUUAUGAGGUAUACAUAAACGUUCUUCACCAUGUUAUAAUGAAAGAAAAAUAAAGCACGAAAUACAUCAUUACAAAAA